AUGGACUUCCAACCGGGCUGGAGGUCUUUCGGGGUUGCCGUUGACAAGAGAUCUCAAGCUAUCGAUGUGUUUUCAGAUGCUUAUCCAGAAGUGACCACCGUUGUCCCGGACGGAAAAUGCAGCAGAGAUCUGGACAGUAUUCCGGACUUCGUCCAACGCGUCUGGGACCUGCACAUCCAGGCUCAGCGAGUACCUCACCUGGAGAGAGAGGUGAGGGAGCUCUCGAGCCUAAAGUCAGAGAUCCAGCGACUCCGCCUUCUCGAGAGCGAUCUGGAGAAUCAGGCGAAGAAUCUACGAGCUGACGUUCUGGACCAGUCAGACGGCCGAGCACGGUGGAUGAAGCGGGCUCAGCAAGCAGAGGCCAAGCUGGCUGUUCACCCCUAUAUUCUCGCUCUGAUCAAUGGCAACCAUCUUUGGUUUCGCCACAGGUUUUCCCGAUCUGACCGCUCUGCGGAGGUCAUCGACUCCUUGGUGCAUGAGAUGCGAGAGCAUGCUCAGACCAAGCACACCCUGCCAAAGAGUAUUCCUGCCCUGAUUCAGAUCUUCGUUGAUCUGAAGCAGCUGAGCGAAGACCUCAAGGCAACGGAAUCCGUCAGCAGGAGCGCUGAUAUGGUUGAGUUCAUUCAGGCGCUGAACUCACAGCGACAUGUCUCUGUCAUUGCAUGUGACUCUACGGCAGUCCAGCAGAAGUUGAGGACAGCCUAUGAGCUAAAUGUUGAAAACUGCCAUUGCCAGCACGUCACUGUGCUCUUGGUCCUUCCAGUUAUCACAGCACGCUACAUGAGUACGCCGACGAUGAAUUGA